AUGGUCUCAUCCACUAGAUCAGGAGUCGACCACGGCACCAACCCUCCCCCAACACGCAGAGGCCGAGGAAGGGGAAGAGGAAGACCUAGAGGUGGCGCGUUCCAAGGCGAGAAAGCCCUGUCGGCGGGCCAACUCAACGCGAUAGACUUGCUUCAGAAGUCGAAGCAAAUCUACUUCAACGCGAAGAGCGCGGAGGAGUACGACCUCCUCCCCCACUUGGUCAAACAGACCAUCGAGACGUUCCGCCUCGUCAGGUCAUUCCUGACCUGGCAAGAAACCUUAGCGAAACUCGAAGUGGUGGACCCGUACAGGGAAAAGCAGCAGCCGCGCUCUGGGCAAAGUCAGAGACCAGUAGCGGCGAACUUGACCACGGUGACGGCGACGACCAGCGUGAACAACAACAUGUUCAAGGGGUACAAGAUCCCCAAGAACUCGAUGAACAAAGACAAAGCGAGUGUCAAGAACGACAAGUUCAUGACGAGCUUGAAGGAAAAAGAAAUGGAAAAAAGAAAAUGGAAGAAAAUCACUCACCUGGCUCAAGCCAUGAUUGAGUUCAGAGACGCAGCCAAUUUCUAA